AACUCAUGCAGUGCAACUCGAAACCAGCUGAAGGUAUUAGCGGGAAUAACCACGAGGGGAAAGAAAACAAAGUCAAAAUGCCGAAUAUUAAGGUUUUCAGUGGGACCUCGCAUCCCGAUCUUGCCCAGAAAAUUUGUGAUCGCCUUGGUAUAGAGCAAGGCAAAGUUGUCACCAAGAAAUUCGCGAAUGGAGAAUGUAGCGUGGAGAUCGGGGAAUCUGUUCGUGGGGAGGACGUGUAUAUUGUACAGAGUGGCUGUAAGGAAGUGAACGACAUGUUGAUGGAACUGCUGAUUAUGAUCAAUGCCUGUAAGAUUGCAUCAGCCCUGAGAGUCACAGCCGUCAUCCCAUGUUUUCCCUACGCCAGGCAAGAUAAGAAGGACAAGAGUCGGGCCCCCAUAUCUGCCAAACUGGUUGCGAACAUGUUAUCUACGGCUGGCGCUGAUCACAUUAUCACAAUGGACCUCCAUGCUUCACAGAUACAGGGUUUUUUCGACAUUCCAGUGGAUAACCUGUAUGCUGAACCAGCUGUGUUAAAGUGGAUCAAAGAAAACAUUCCAGAAUGGAGGAACAGCACGAUUGUCUCCCCUGAUGCAGGGGGCGCUAAAAGGGUGACCUCCAUAGCUGACAGGCUAAAUGUUGAUUUCGCUUUGAUUCACAAGGAGAGGAAGAAAGCCAAUGAAGUAGCGUCAAUGGUUCUGGUAGGAGAUGUCAAGGACAAGGUGGCCAUUUUGGUAGACGACAUGGCAGAUACCUGUGGGACUGUCUGCCAUGCUGCGGAGAAACUGGUGGAGGCUGGAGCCCGGAAAGCUUACUCUGUCUGUACCCAUGGAAUCUUCUCUGGCCCUGCUGUCACUCGUAUCAACAAUUCCAUCUUUGAGGCUGUGGUGGUAACUAACACCAUUCCGCAGGAGGAAAGAAUGAAACUCGCCCCCAAAAUUCAGUCGAUUGACAUUUCUAUCAUGUUGGCUGAGGCGAUCCGAAGAACCCACAAUGGCGAGUCCGUGUCCUACCUUUUCAGUCAUGUCCCUCUUUAACCUCCCAGAAUGCACCCCUUUGCCGUUGUAUGGGUCAGAGCCAGGGAAGGCUAAGUGAACUCAAAUGUUUGAUAUUUUCCUGACAAAUUUUCUUUAACCAAGAAUAUAUUGCCAGUUUGGGAUCUCAGAGCAUGCCUAGGCAGAAAUUCUUCAUCUCAUUGUUGUUUUUCAUUCAUAGUUUAUAGUUAAUUGAAUAGAAUGAAGCCAUACUUUUGAUUUUUGGGUUAUGUUUGUGCUUGAUUUGUUUACAUCAAUUUUGAAAUGAAUUUUAUUUUCACGCAAUUCCAACUUGUGGAAGUUGUUUAUAGAAUAAUUAAAGAGCCUGUUUCACAGGGCUGCAUUCUUUUUAUCUAAACAGUAUUGUUCUUGUUACCAAAUUUGAUUAAAAUUGGAUUCCUAGUGGAAAGAAUAUCAAAUAUGGACUUAUGUUGAACAAAUCAUGGUAUGUAAUCUAACCAUGUUGAAAGUACAUGUAUGUGGCUAUACCAUCAUGGAAGUUCCCUUUCUUUGCCUUCCAGAAGCCAUAUGGAUUCCUCCAGGUCAUGCACAUCAGACAUUAGAAAUGGGUUUGACCAUGUUGGAAUUGUCCUAGAUUGGCUUGGGCAUGUUAGAUUUGGUCUGGUAUUACUAGCUCUGCUGUGUUGGAUUUGGUGUAAAGAACCUAAAGCCCAACCUUGCAGGAAGUGUCCAAUUUAUGGCAUGACCAGCUGGAUAUUAAGUCCUACACAAUGCUUUACCAUUUUGGUCCCAUAUUGCCCAACCAUGCUGAAUACACAGUAUGCCCUAAAGAUGGCCCGUUUAUGUUGGGUGUCUUUAUUGGGCUGUAUCAUGUUGUGUAUAUAAUAUAUUCUUGCUCGAAUGGACAUGUAAAUGAAACUGGGCAACUUUAUGAAAUCCUGCUUAUAUAUUUUAAGUUAUGGGCAUCCAUGGCUGAGGUAGUUAUCACGCCAGCGGGGCGCAGUGACCUCUUUUCAAUGAGAUAGCUGUGAGUUCAAGUCCAGCUCAUGCUGGCUUCCUCUCCAUCCUUACAUGGGAAGAUCAUUUCCUCCCAUCAUAAUGCUGGCCACAGUCGCAUAAGUGAAGUAUUUGGGGUAAAACAGUAAUGAAGUAAAUAUUAAACAUUUAUUUGAAGUUAAGGGUAGUGUUUCUUCAAAUGUCUGUAAUGAUAAAAAAUAAAAUUAUGAUGGUGAUGUUAUCAUGUGAAAACUGUUGUCAUAUUUGCUAUGAAAUCCUUGUACAGCCAAACUGAAGGCAUUGGAGUGUGUGGAAAGGAACCCUCUACCCCUUUUACAGUUCUACUAGAACAAGUAUUGUUAUCAUUUCCAUUUGAAUUUCAGUUACUGGUGCAAAAUGCAUAUAUAAUCUACUUUUUGUGGGCGAAAAAAAAAAUGGUGUGUGUGUACAACAGUGUUUGCCAGUAUUCUGCCAAACCUGAAAUCUACUUAUAAAAAAAGUUAUUUCACAUACAUGUAUUUGUACUUAAUAACAGGUUUGAGCCAAGUGCGUGUGGGAAGUACUUUUAUUGAUGAAAGCAAUUUCUGUUCAGUGCAAUCAUAGAUAACUGUAAGAGAAUAUAUUGUGUGUAUCAGCAUUUCUGACUAUUUACACCUCAUUAGCAUGGUGAGAUGUGUUCAAGUGAAUCUGAUUUGCCACCGUUAAGUGAUCUGUCAACAAUUGGGUGUCAACACUGCCAUGAUAUGUCAUUUACUUUUUCACAAAGCAGUUGAUUGUUAUGAAAUAGACCUUUGUGCCAUUGUGUUUACUCCUGAGUAAACAAAUACUUUGAAAGUUUGGAUCUCAAACAGGGCAUUUUAACUUGCACAUUCAGGAAUUAAAACAUGGCUAAGGUUGUUAAACUGAACAAGAAAACAAUGAGAUUUACUCAAGUAAAAUUGAUUUUUUUAACAAAAUUGAUAUGAUCAGAUGUACAGCACAUGUAGAUACCAGUAAGUGAUGAAAUCUUUGGAAUUAUGUAUUCAGACUUAAUUCCCGAUUUUUUUAGAGAAGGGAUGCUGAGUCUACCUAUAAAUUGAAUGCAGUUGUCUUGAAUGAUUUAUGAAACAUAACCUCUCUUGUAAUCUUUAUUUAUUUCCUUGCAGACCCUAAUUUUUAGAAGUCCAAGUGAGUUUAUCUUGUCUUUUUGAGGUAAAAACAUGGCUUUAAAAAUAAGUAACACCAAUUGUUGACACCUUAUAGUUUGAGUAAUGAGCUAAUCCAAUGUCGUCAAAACAAUUAGUUAUUGUAAUUAGUUGUGCGCAAUCAGUUAUUCUUAACUGAGAACGUCACAUAGUUCACAACUAACAACAGAAAUUAUGAGCAAUGUAUGGACAAGAUAUGUAUGCCUGAAAGGUGAAGAAGAACUAAACUGUUCAACUUUUGUAUUCAUUUCUGGAUAAUCAGCUUAAAUACUGAACCUUUGUAAUCACAGGUUCAUAGGUAUGUUUCAUAAAUCCUUUAAUUUUGGCAUGGAUAAAAUCUGAAUAAAAUUGUUUGGGGCAUUUGUUUUGUGUACAUUGCUUGUUUCUGCUCUGUUGUAGAGUCUUUGGUUUUUUGUAGUAGUGAUUGGUGGAAUUACAGCAUAGAUCAGGAUUCUCAUACAGGACCAACCUAAAUCAACUUGAACUUCAAGUCUAAAACAUUUAAAUGAAGUAUUUUAAGUAAUGUCUAGUUAAGAUUUUUAUGUAUUACUAUAGACAUUUCUCAGUGUAAUGUUUUAUUGAUUCUGGAUAGGUGUUACUUUAGUAUUAAAGUGUAUAUCUUAAUCUUUGCCCAAAAUACAUUAUCCACCAGUGAAAGAUGAUUGUACAUUUGAAUGCCAAUUGAAUGUCAAUUCUGAGAUAAUUAGUUGUGGCAUUUUUAGGGGAAAAUGGUCACUUUUUUUUCAUUUGAAGGUACCUCAAUGCCAGUAGUUGACUUUUAUAAUGACUUUGAUUACAUAUUCCAAUCUCACCAGUAAUGGUUUUGCUAAAUAUUGUUACAGAGGAUUCUUAAUCUCCCAGUUUUGUUUUUACUGAAGACCAAUUUUUGUUUUUCCUUGAUUGCUUAACUGUAAUGGCAGCUUUAGAAAAAAAAAA